UCUGAAUGUAAACGUUUUAGCCAUUAAACUAUUCUCGCUGUUCGUAUUCUGCACUACUUUCACGCAUACAGUAACGUGUAUUUGGUAUUAUGUGGCAUGUCCCAAUGGUGUUUGCAGAAAGGCCAGUUGGUAUUACGAUCAAAGCAAGUUUUUAUACAUUUAUUCUUACAUUAUUUUUGUAUUGCUACUAAACAUUAUUGUUUCUGAUUUGUUAGUUGAGAAGCAACCUAACUGUGGAGAUCCCUACAUAUGCUCCCUAUACUACACUACUUCCAUACUAACUACGACAGGUUAUGCCACAAUGGUUCCGAGAUCCCUCAUAGGUAUAACAGCCUGUAUCAUCGCAAUGAUCGUCAGCCAGUUCAUCAUGACCAUCUUCAUCUCUGACAUCGCAGCCGUCGUCCGUCACUACGGACACAGAUUGGUGGUUUACUCGCAGCAAGUCACUGUCCUCAAAAUAUAUCUGAUAAAUGCCCAGAUUUCGUUGCGCCUGCAGCAAAAGAUCAUGAACUAUGUGGACCAACUGUGGUCUCUGUCGAAAGGAAGACAAAUGCCGAUCUACAUGCGGAUGGGUCCAAGCUGCCUCGUCGAAGAGCUCAAGGUGCACGCGUUCGGCAAACACAUAUUCAACGUGAUUACCAAUCCAAUUACCACCUCUCUCCCACCUAUUCAACUCUCGUCUUCCGAACUUUCCAGAAUCUGUUGUUUAGCGGUUGCCAUGACGACUUCCUACGCCUGCUUGUAACUCAUCUAAAGAUGACGACUUACUUCACCGGUGAUGUGAUCAUCAGGCAAGGAGACAUCAACAAUACAAUGUACUUCAUACACACGGGCAGCGUA